AUGAGAUAUGCCAGGAAGGACAUCAAGGAGAUUAAGAGCCGCACCAAAAUAUUGAAAUGGCUGUGGCGAUUCUUUGGCGACACUAUGGAAAAGGUUUCCGAGAUCAAAGAGUUCUCAGUUGACCUAAAACGGUACCGCGAGAUUGACAGGGCCCUGUGGGAGCAAUCUUGGGAAGUUAGUGACAAGAUAGAGUCAAUUCUCGGCGUACUGCAGCCCAUAUUGGAGAAGGGAUAUGUAUCAGGUUGGACAGAGCUUCGUGUCCGCCUCGAAUGGCUCUUUCGGAACAGAGAGGAGCUGCGUCUUCUUCAUGUUGACAUGGACCUUCUUACACGAUACAUGGAUAUCUUCAGUAACUUGGUGCAAAUGCGAAUCGCAGUUCAACAGUAUACCCUCACUAAAUCGGCUGCAACCAAGAUCCAAAUAGAUGGACUGGAGGACAAGAUUGACAUGGCCCUCGAAGGGGUCCGUCAAGUGCAAAGGGACCAGGAAUCCCGGCUUCCAGCGAGCGAGGGUUGGCAGAAGCAAGUGCGGCACGAAGUGAAAAAGGCUAUGAUCUGGGAAGCUUCCCAGAUCAAGAAGGCCGUGGCUGGCAAUGGCACGAGCUCUGGGUCAUCGUCUGGCCUAUCGCCGCCAGUACCAUCGCCAUCCACUCCCCCAACCACCCCUUCAUCUCAGUCCCAAAGCCCAAUCAGAGCCAUAAGCAUCAUUGAACAGUCCUCUAGACCGGCCAGUCCUCUGUCAGAGCGCACACGGCAAAGGAACAAUCGGCCUGGUGCAGUACAUGCUGGUUACUCUCUAGAUUCCGAAGUCUCUUAUGUUAGUAGUCACCAGGGCUUCACCACGAAUUCAGGCGUCGGACUUCAUCCGCCCUGCCCUGCUGCCGAUGGAGAAGAUGAGGAAGCAGAAAGCGAAGGUGAAGGCCAGGGAAUAUACAUGCCAACAGCCUUGUUUGGCCCGCCCAGACCGCGACGCCGCGUACGCCCUGCACGAGUAUCAACUACUGGCCUCAACCAUGACCACCGAAUCUCGUCAAUAUCUCCAGUCAGCAAGUCCCAGGAGGAAGGUCGACCUAGGUCCCGUGAUACCAGUACAUCAUCACAACGCAGAGCUACCAGGCGCAAGUGA